CGAGUCCGGCCUUCGAGCAGACGGGCCCUGUACGUCGUGUCGCUCGCAUCCCCCCCCUCCGCGGUGCUAGCAUCCUUAGCAAGAGAGCUGUUAGUGAAGGUAAUGAACUAGAAAAUACUUGAAGAUACUGUGGAUAAGUUUGUCAGGAGAGAAAAUAAAACGACCGACGUAUCAGGCGAAUUUGGGCCCGAGCGAUGACGGAGUGAGACGCCCUCGGGAGCUCGAUCUCCUUGGUUCGCCCGGCCCCCCUCGCCCCGCCCAGGCCGCGCCCUGCCAGCAUGAGCGCCCCGGAUCAAAGCGCCGCUGCCUCCGAGACUCACUUCCAGGUGCAUCUGUCGGCGCCGGAGCGCUAGGGGCGUGAGAGAGAGAAGGAAAGGAAAGGGAACGCCUUGGAAUCUUCUGCGAAAGGAAUGGCGAUGUAUGAGGAGCACCCGAGUGCGUUUCCGCCGACGGAUGCCAGCGUCCUGGGCCAGAACGCGACCGCCUUCCGGGGCGAGACCGACGCACGCUACGGCGAGGUCUCCAACAUCAUGGCGGCGCCCGACUGUUACGCCGACAUGGAGCUCGACUACGUGACGGCGUGCAACCUCACCAACGGCACCAACUUCACGUCCGCCAUCCCCGACAGCCUCACCAACAUCAACAUGACGCAGCUGAUCGCCUAUUCGCUCCUCUUCCCCUUCGCCGCCAUCGGGAACCUGAUGGUGUUCGUCGCGCUCUUCCGCAGCCGCCACCGCAAGUCUCGCGUCAACAUGAUGAUCAUGCACCUCUCCCUGGCCGACAUGAUCGUCACCUUCGUCUUCCUGCCGACGGAGAUCACGUGGCACGUCACCAUCGAGUGGGUCUUCGGGAACUUCGGCUGCAAGAUCUACAAGUUUUUCUCGGCCUUUGGGUUCUACAUGUCGUCCAUGGUGCUCGUGUGCAUCAGCCUCGACCGCUACUUCGCCGUUCUUCACCCGCUCAAAGUGAACGACGCGCAGAGACGGGGCAAGAUAAUGCUGUUCUUCGCCUGGCUCAUCUCCGCCGUGAUCUCGCUCCCGCAGAGCGUGAUCUUCAACGUCCAGCCUCACCCGAAGUUUCCGGAUUUCUACCAGUGCGUCACCUUCGGCUUCUUCAACAGCAACAACGGCGGGGAGAUGAUGUACACCAUCUUCUGCAUAUCGUUCCUGUACUUCAUCCCGCUCACGAUCAUCAUCAUCGCCUACACGAGGAUCAUUCUAGAAAUCAGCCGGAAGAGCAGGGACACGCAGCACGACUAUACCCGCGAGGAGCGCUACCAUGGCCGGCUGCAACUUCGGAGGAGCAACAUGUCCAACAUAGAGCGAGCGAGGACGAGGACUUUGCGCAUGACGUUCAUCAUUGUCAUGGCAUUUAUCUGGUGCUGGACGCCCUAUGCGCUGGCGACUCUGUGGAACUUCAUCGACCCGGUCACGUUCCACAACAUGAACAAACAUGUCCAGGACAUCCUGUUCAUCAUCGCCGUCAGCAACUCGGUCGUUAACCCGUUCAUUUACGGCCGCUACUCCAUCAGCUGUUGCCGAGGCCUCUGGAACACCACCGGCGACCUCUGCUGCUACUGGUUUUGCCCUUGUACCUCCGGCAGGAACCUUGUGCCGCCGCAGCCUCCCAACGCCAACUCCUGCAAGAGCAACGGCCAUUUCAACGGUCAGUCUCGAGUAAAGGUCCGGAAUCUGUUUAUGGAAUGGAACCGAAACUCGAUGCGGUCGUCGAUGCACCCUGAGGCCGAGAUGCAGUCCAUGGUGCCCCUGGGGAUCACAGCCUUCAUGAACCACAAGGCGCCCACGCCCUCUCGCGCCACGCCGCCGCCGCCCACGCCCUCGCCCCACCCUCUGCGUCCCUUCAUGUCCCGCGGCCUGCCCAUGGAGACGCACUUUGAAGAGAACGACGACUCGUCAGGCUACAGCUCUAGCCACGCCCACUCCUUCAGGAGCUACAACGACCUCACCGCAGACCGACCUCAGCGCCCUAACGUGUGGGAAAAUCAUCACUCGUGCUAA